GAUGUUUAAUACUAUAACAUGUUAAAAUAUGAUGUUACUUUGUCCUCUUUACAGCUAUGGCUCUCUGCAAAGGACCACAUAUUAUGUGCGAAAAUCUUCAGUGUCCCGUCUGUCUGGAUGUGUUCACUGAUCCAGUAACCAUUCCAUGUGGACACAGCUUCUGUAAGACCUGCCUGAAUGCAUGCUGGGAGUACAGUCAGGAUUACGCAUGUCCAUACUGUAAAAAUAAAAGCAACCAGAAACCUGAUAUGAAGUUCAAUGCUGUACUUAAAGCGAUUGUGGAACUCUAUAAGAACAACACAAAAGGACUAUCAUCUGCUGAUGGUCCAUUAUCAGAAGAGCUCCAGUGCCCCAUCUGUCUGGAUGUGUUUAAUAAUCCAGUCACAACUCCAUGUGGACACAACUUCUGUAAGACCUGUCUGAAACAAUGCUGGCACAACAGUCAGGAUUGUUCUUGUCCAGUCUGUAAAGAAAUGUUCAAUGAAAGGCCUGAUCUAAAGAGUAACACAGGUCUUAGAGAGAUUGUGCAGGUCUUCGAGGAAACAUCAGGUUAUAAGAGGGAAACAGUAAUGGUAGAAUAUUGGCCAGCACUAGAAAGAGAGGACCAAGAAGAGACACUGGUUAAACCCUCAGACCAGUACGAUAUCUGUCUGGAUGUAUUCAGUGCUCCAUGUGGACACAACUUCUGGAAAAUCAGUCCGGAUUAUGACUGGCCUUACAGUAAAGAAAAAGUCAGUGAGAGGUCUGAUCUCAGAGAGUCGAAAUCAGUUUGGUCUGAAUCUGAAAUCUGUCAGUGUCAGAGCUCCGCAACUGAACGGAGAGAGAGAAUCCUAAACAUAGAGCAAGUCAGAAUGAUUGGGCUUGUGGGAAAUAUAAAUCCCAAUAUACGCCGAAAACAUGAGAGAAACCAGGAGCUGUUCUUUAAAGAUUUUCAUGCAAGCACAAAUGUGUUCUGUGCUGAGGAAGAUCACAAAACUCAAAACACUGCUCCUGUGGAUGAGAAGAGUGCAGAGGUGAAGACUCAACUUGAAGUCACAGAUGUGCCUUAUCCAGGGCACAAUGAAGAAAGAGAAAUAAAUAAAACACUUGGUCAAAAGGAGCAAGAAAUGACUGCCUGGGUCAUUCCUCAUUUCAGAGGAGAAAUUUCUCUGUACUGAAGGUUUAAAGAGCUGUCUGACAGUUCUUUCAGGCUUGCCUACAAAACCCUUUUCUCAUUUAAUCCAAACCAUAUAAUCACUUUUAUAUAGAAUGUAUUUAGAUUACCGAAUAUACAGUUAUAACAUGUUUCCUGUAAAAUAAGAUCUACUGCAGGAAGGUGAAUCCAAAGGCCUGCCUGUGUAUUAUUUGUUUGUUUCUUAUCUUUAUUACAGAAUCAAAAUAUCAUCAUUUUAAGUGAUUUGUGUAAUAUUAUUAAUUACCUGGUUAAUUAAUUAGUUAAGCUUUCUACAUUCUUAUAUCUUUAUUAAUGUUAGUAAACUGUGGCACUUUUCCAACAGUAAAAUUCUGACUACUCCAAUCACAAUACUUUUUUGAAUGUAACUGUUUUCCAAUUACCAAUCAAUUUAACUGAAUAUGGUUAUUCAUCAUUUGUACAUAACAUGUAGGUGUCAUUUACACUGGGGACGCAAGGGACAUGUCCCCACCACUUUUUGAAACGGCUGAUUUUUUCCCCACCACUUUUUGAAAGCAUUUGGUUAAAAUGUUCUGAAAAAAUCAACGACUUACACUGCAAAAAUUACUUUCUUACUUAGUAUAUUUGUCUUGUUUUCAGGAGAAAUAUCAAAAAAUUCUUAAAUCAAGAUGCUUUUUCUUGAUAAGCAAAAUGACCUAAGAAAAUAAGUCUAGUUUUUAGACAAAAAAUAUACAAUUUAAGUGAAUUUGUGAUUAAAACAAGCAAAAAUGUCUGCCAAUGCGGUGAAAAAAAAAUCUAUAAAAUAAGAUUUCUUUUUUCUGAAACACUUAAUUUAAGCAAAAUUUUCUCACACCAUUGGCAGAUAUUUUUGCUUGUUUUAAGCACAAAUUCACUUUAAUUGUAGAAAUCAUUUUGCACAUCAAGAAAAUACAUC